UUUGCGGUAUACUCGUUAUACUUAUUGCCCUGUUGUAUAUCAGCCAUAGUAAGCCUACACUAUAUUCUUGAGCUGAUUGAAAUCGAGUUUCAUCGCUAAACGAAAGUGUAGUUUCUUGUUGAUUAGAACAAUCUCAAGAAUAUACUCUAACAUGGCUCACAAGGGUAAAUCAACGACCUUCCUCGAGAGCACCGUGCACAACGACUCAGCGAGCGCCUGUCCAGACUGCGACCGUCCAGACUGGGCCGACGAUAUGGUCCAAUGCGGAGAAUGUGAAGAUUGGUAUCACUUCAGCUGCGUGGGCGUAAGUAGAUCGGUAGAACAUCGGCCCUGGACGUGCGCCGAGUGUUUACCAAUCAGUGUUAGCAGCCGAUCAUCUAGGAUGUCUACUACUAAAGCGCUAGAAAUGCAACGUCUACAAGAAGAGCAAGAAAUCCGCCGAAAGCGUUUCCUACAAGAAAAGGCGUUGGAGAAGAAGCGGUUGGAGCAAGAGCGUCAGCAAAUACUAGCCGAAGAAGAGCUGGAGAGGACGUUUCUCAAGGAGAAAUUCGAGCUGCUAGAGAUGCAGGAAGUCGAUGAAAAAGGAAGUACAGUGAUUAGCCGUAGGAGUAAUCGCGAAAGUAUUUUGCAAUGGAUGAGGAACGACGGAACUGUGGAACCAAGAUGCAGGACAUUGAAUGCAGCCAUUGGGCAGCCACCAAAUCCGGAAGUACCCGAGCAGCGCAAAAUUACUGUCGGUGGUAGAAAUGUAGUUUCGACUUAUCCUGCGGUCAAUCCACCCAUGCUGAAUUCUCAACCCGUCGCAUCAAGCAGCCAGAUCUCUCCUCAAGAAAGAAACGAAACUGUCGAGAUGAAUACCAUGAAUCAUAGGAGUCCAGUUCCGAAGCCACGAGCACCCGCACCUCAGCCUCGGCCUCGUAUUCGAAAGUCAACCCACCAUGUGCCCCCAGCACCACCAGCUAGUGCCGUGACGGAUAACGCCACUCUCGAUAUCCCACCGUUGCCCUUUGAAUACUGCUCUUCUGAGGUGGAUAUGUACCUUCCUCCUCAACGGAAAAGUGCUGCCAGAAUUAGACGGGCAAACCCUGCCCUACAAAGCACGCAACUGCCGACCUUCCUGGACGAGGUUCGGCCUGAUACGACAUUCCAGCCAUCAUCACGGAACGUAAGACAUACGGGAUCACAAUUCAUUCCCGAUAUGCAUGUCAGGGAUGAAAGUACUGCUGAUCAAGGUCCAACCGCAGCGCAAAUUGCAGCCCGCCGUGUUAUGUCCCGUGACCUUCCAGAUUUCUGCGGCAAUCCGGAGGACUGGCCUAUAUUUAUUAGCCAAUACGAAAUCACUACUAACAGCUGCGGAUUUAGUAACACUGAGAAUCUGAUUAGAUUGCAGCGGUGUUUGAAAGGCCAUGCUCGCGAAUCCGUAAGAAGUCGCCUGCUUCUGCCCGCAUCUGUCCCACAAGUGAUUGAAGCACUUCGGAUGCUGUAUGGGCGACCAGGGCUGAUUAUAUCCGCACUGUUGAACAGGGUACGUGCUGCACCAGCACCAAGAUUGGAACGACUCGAAACGGUGAUCGAAUUUGGAAUGGAACUCCAAGGACUUUGCGAUCAUUUGCAAGCGUCAGGAGAAACCGCUCACAUGAACAAUCCAUCAUUAUUACAGGAGCUGGAGGACAAGCUACCGUCGCAGAUGAAGCUCCAGUGGGCGAUGCAUAAACAAAUCGUGCAAUGCGUGACACUGCAAACAUUUGCGAGCUACAUGUCGAGCAUGGUUACAGCGGCGAGUCAGGUGACCAAAGUAGUUAAUUGUUCCGUAGACCGCCGUACUGCGGACUCAAAGAAGAAGAGUAUGCAAAGAGAUAAAGCACAGCUAUACGCACACGCUGCGGACGAACAAUCAUCGAACCCGAUCACAAACGAAAAAAUUGAGUCACGAAGCUGCGCAGUCUGUAAUAAACCAGGUCACCGUGUCAAAGAGUGCACGCAGUUCUCGGACCUUAACGUGGAAGAUCGUUGGCGCAGCGUUCAUAGCUUGAAGUUGUGCCGUACAUGUCUGAAUCAACAUGGCAGAAAUCGAUGUCGACUAUCAACCAAAUGUGGGAUCGAUGGAUGCGAAUUUAAACAUCACCCACUUUUGCAUUCCAGAACGGAUAACAAAGCCAAACCAAUCACUGCGGAAAACCACUCGCACCGAGAUCAAGGGUCGAAGACGUUGUUCCGAAUUGUUCUCGUGAAACUCACGGGGCGUGCUGGUACAGUGCAAACCUUCGCCUUCCUGGAUGACGAAUCCGACCUAACGCUGAUCGAGAAAUCCGUAGCGCAGCAGUUAGGUGAGUAUGGACCAAAAGGAACAUUGUAUCUCAAUUGGACCAGCAAUGUGACUCGAUGCGAAGCAAAUUCCGAGGAAGUAUCCGUUAGAAUAUCGGGUGUAGACGGUGCACAACAAUUCCGGAUUCAAUCUGCCCGAACGGUAUCCGAACUCAAGCUUCCCACACAGUCGUUGAAUAUGGAAAAAAUGUCUCAGCUCUAUCCUCACUUAAAAGGACUUCCAGUAACAGGCUAUAAAGAUGCCGUGCCAUGCUUGCUCAUCGGUUUGAAUCACCUUAACCUGUCGCUUCCAUUGAAAUGCAAAGAAGGUCGGAAGGAAGAUCCAGUUGCGACGAAAACAAGGCUUGGGUGGUGCGUCUAUGGUGGAAGUACAGGUGCAACGUCAGUUGGUGUAAGCUGCCACAUUCUUCAAGUAAACCCUGAAAAGGAUCUCCACGAAGUAGUUAGGGAAUAUUUCGAACAGGAAGAUGCUGGAUCAAAACCUUUAUUGGAAUUGGAGUCAACUGAGACCACAAGAGCAAGGAGGAUCCUAGUAGAAACGACAGUGCGGCUUCCGGAUCGUUUUGAAACCGGGCUACUUUGGAGAUUCGACAAAUUUGAGUUUCCGGAGAGUUACUUCAUGGCACUUCGGCGAUUAGAAUGCUUGGAGAGGAAAAUGUGUCGCGAACCGUCGCUAAAAGCUAGCGUACUGCAACAAAUUAGCGAGUACCAGAGUAAAGGUUAUGCUCAUCGCGCUACGGAGAAGGAAUUAUUAGAUGCUGAUCCGCGCCGGAUUUGGUACCUGCCCAUCGGUGUUGUGACUAAUCCUAGAAAGCCGGGAAAGAUCAGGCUGGUAUGGGAUGCUGCAGCCAAAGUGGACGGUAUAUCCCUCAACACAGUUCUGCUGAAAGGUCCUGACCUACUUAACCCUCUCCCCGCUGUCUUAUUCCGCUUUCGUGAAAAACCGGUGGCAAUUAGCGGCGACAUUCGUGAAAUGUUUCACUAA